UGGCGAUCGUUUCUUGGGUGGGGAAUCAUGUGAUCGAGGGUUAAAGGGAAGCGGCCGCUGUCAUCUGGGUAUUUUUGUGAGGAAUUCCGGAAGAAGCGGGUGGCCCGUUGGACCCUGGGGAACCUUGACAGUACAUCUGAUUACUUUUUUUCCAAAAGUUUCUAAACAUGGCUGAUGACCUGAAAAGGUUUCUGUACAAAAAAUUACCAAGUGUUGAAGGUCUUCAUGCUAUUUUAGUGUCAGACAGAGAUGGUGUGCCUGUUAUCAAAGUUGCCAAUGAUAAUGCUCCAGAGCAUGCACUUAGACCUGGUUUCUUGUCCACCUUUGCACUUGCGACAGACCAGGGCAGCAAACUAGGACUUUCAAAAAACAAGAGUAUCAUCUGUUAUUACAACACAUACCAGGUGGUCCAGUUCAAUCGGUUACCUUUGGUAGUAAGUUUCAUUGCUAGCAGCAAUGCCAAUACCGGACUGAUCGUCAGCUUAGAGAAGGAGCUUGCUCCCUUGUUUGAAGAGUUGAGGCAGGUUGUAGAGGUUUCUUAACCUGAUGGUGUCAUCAAAGUUCGGCAUCUCUUCACUACACAAUGGGACAUAAAGAUUCAAUAAUUCUCAGCCCACAAAAUAACAAAUGUUUGAGAGGAAAUAUCACUUCCCCCUAUUGUACUAAAUAAGAUUAAAUUUGUACAUAGUGCUGAAUCGGAAAUGAGCUACUAGUGUGUUGUAGAUAGACUCUUUGGCCACAUGUCUUGUAUUGUGCAGUACUGGAGAGACCUGCAAAUGGCUCCAGUGGAGCCCUUACUAAGGAUCAGGUUUAACAGAGUUGACCGGUAUCCGCAUGCUGUCAAUCCAGAUAAGUGACCCACAGCUCCCUUGCUGUACAGGAAAUGAAGCAUUGAGUACGGUUUACCCUCUCACUAGCCACCACUACAUAGUGGGGAAGUAGAAUUAAUUUUCAUUGCUUCUUUGCAUGUGGUAGGAAAAAGAGAAAAUAUGGUAUCCCAUAUUUUUUUUUAUUUUUGUGAUGCUUCGGUAAAGGAAUACUACUAAUCUGAAUGUGAGCUUCCUUGGUAUAGGAGAAGGAUGCUGCUAUUUCUAUAUAAAUUACGGCUUCAAGCGUUUUCCUUAUUACUGGGUACAAGUGCCCAAUCAGUGUUGCACUUUCUUGUAUUUCUUUUGUACAGUGUAGGUGUGAUACCCAUGUUUGUCUUUUGUUCUGGUAUUUGUGGCUAUGUUAGUGGUAACACUUGAUCUGCUCAUUUAUUUUUAGGUUUUCCUAAGUAAAUGUCUAAAUAAAACAAUAUUUUUAAAAA